GAUCAUUUUGGUAAUUUAUCGUGCAUAGUGGGAGUGAAUACGUGAUACAGAAACGCAUCGUACAUAUAUUACAUUUGAAAUGCGCAUCGAUUCAAGUUCAGUGUUACUUUUAAGCUUAUGGCGAAUGCCUUCGUUUUUGUGCAAUCAGUUGGUUACAAUAUUUUCCGUAGUAGUGAAUUUUUGCAAUUUUUAUUAUUGACAAUUCUUCAAGUUACUGAGAAAAGUCUUUUGAGUUGAUUUCUUUUUUCGAAUCCAUGAGUGGCGAAACGGAACUACGAAGAUGUAUAAUAGUUACUAUAUUCAUGAUUCAAGGAACAAUGUCAAAACCCUAUCUUGGCAACUUUCUGCUGCAAGCUGCAUCGUCACUAUCCUUUGCACCGCCAGAUGACCCUCAAUCACACGUGAGUGAUUUUCGUACUCAGCCGAAGGCGAAUUCUCGAAUGGAUAUCGUUGAAGGGGAUAAGCAAAUAAAUGUCGAUAUGAUGGAGUCUUCAAUAACAACUACAGAAAUGCCACAAAACCGAGAGCCUAGUUUGCUACCGGAAUGGAUAAACAACAAUGGCACAAACAUGUAUUACGGAAAAAUUGGGGGCAUCAUAAGAUCUGCACGGGAGCGGAUUUCAAUGGGAUUCCAGCGACUUUCGGCUAGGCUGCGAAAUUCAAGCGAACGAUUUAAUGAUUUUUUAACUACAGGCGCGUUUCGGUAUAUGAACAUAAAGGGAAUCAGGAGUACAACGGAAACUAGUGCAGAAAUCGAUUUCAAACCCCUAAACAACAUGAACACUUCAGAAACUGACUUGAAAACUAUGAGCACAGCGGUGGAUGACCCUUUGCAACCCAUUUAUCAGUUAGAGAGAAGGGAGAACGAACAGAGAAAUAAUGCAGCAUAUCAAUUAGCAUUUUUAAUUAAUAAUCCGAAACAAACGAUAGAUCCAUUGCAACUUUUCAACAAUAAUACGUCUGGGAAGAAUCACCCUACUACUCUCACUAUUCCCAAAAAAAACUUUCUGGCUGGAAGAUUCCAAAAUAUAACUAAACAUUUAAACGAGACUAGAAAUCUAUUUCGAAACAGAACAAUAAAAGCUAUUGCGACUCUGGUGCCUCUGGUAGUAUUAGCCACUAAAAGGAAGGGUUACGGAACAGGGAACACAAUGGAGACAGGACAUACGAACGAAUUCUUGACGAAUUUAGGCAUGGAAACGAAUGACAAUGUAUCUCAGUUGUCCAGUAAAUUAUCAGAUUCACAUUCGAAUAGUGAUAGAAACGCACCUACAGACGAAGGAAAAUUGUUUUCAAACAGCAGCGAACCAAACAGAGAUCAUUCCAACAACCAAGACGAGGCUAGGAAGAACUAUGACGAUGACUACCAGAAGAAGGACAACUUUGUUGGGAGCAGUAGAAUAGAUGUCGAGGAUGUAUUCGACCCAAGUCAUGCAAGUUAUUCAUCUGCCGCAAAGAAAAUGAACUUGCAAAGUAUGGGAAUGAUUGCCAUAAUAGUUCUUGAGGUGUUUGGAUCAAUUUUUGGCCUUACCUGGGGUGCACUCAAUCAUCUUCGAUUACUUUUCCAAUAAUGAUAGAAGUAUUAUGUAGUAAUAUGAACGUGUGUAAUGGAUACAUGUGUGAAUCAACGAAGCGAUGUGAAAUAUACAUAUAAUAUAAAUGUCCGAAAUGUCC